AUGUCUCAAUCCAGCGACACUGUGGCGCUUAGCGGCAGUGCUCCUGGCCAGUACCCACACUCUAACAUCUUCGACUUCGUCUUUGGAAAUCCAUUUUCACAACAGUCCGACACUGUACCUGCAUCUCAGAAGUUGGCCCGCAUAGAAGACUCGCGGCCCAUCUUCGUGGACAACAACAAUGAUCGCACACUCACCUUCGGCAAGGUCAGGGAGGAUGCCCUCAAAGUAGCUGCAAACCUGCGGGAUCUGGGGCUAGACCCAGAUCAAAUCCACAGCCUGCCCAAAACGCCGACAUGUGCACGCCCUGAACUGGCGCCUGUGGUGCUGAUCCAGCUGCCAAACUGCCUCGCCUUUGCAUCGAUUCUGUUCGGCACCUUCGCAUCGGGCCUGACGGCAUCCCUGGCAUCGCCCGCCCUGACGGCCACUGAGCUCAGUUGGAUCCUCCAGAAUGCGCGGCCGCGCGCCAUCAUCACCGCCAAGGCGUGCUUGGGCGCGAUGCAUGAGGCACUCAAGUCGCAGAAGGACACCGCUUUCUUCGCCAAAGUCCCCGUCUUCACCGUCGACGUGGCCAACGAUUCUUAUCUCACGCCUACCCCGGCUGCCAGGCCCGCAUCAUCAACAUCGCCGCUAGAACAGGACUGGUCGGCCCUGCUCAAGAUCCCAUUAUCCCCUGCCCGAUCGUACCAGCUGUCGGCAGAGACCGCGCCGAACCGCACCGCCGUGAUCCUGUGGUCGUCGGGAACAUCAGGGCGGUCCAAGGGCGUGCUGAUCUCGCACAACGCGCUCGUCUUCGCCACGGCGUCGAUCUGGUACGACGCCGACUGGCACCGGCCCGGCCUGCAGCAGAGCUGGCUGGGCUACGUGCCCUUCUACCACGUGUUCGGGCUGUGCAACAUCUUCCUGCUGGCGCCCUGCAUCGGCGCCACCUGCCACGUCAUGAGCGCCUUCAACCUCGAGGCCAUGCUCGCCGGCGUGGCCCGCCGCAAGGUCACCUACCUGCACAUGGCCCCGCCCGUCGCCGUCAUGCUGGCCAAGGCCGCCAUCGUCGACAAGUACGCGCGGGGCGGCGGCUUCAGCACCAUCGUCGCGGGCGUCACGGGCGGCGCGCCCCUGGGGCACGAGGUCGUCGUCGAGGUGCACAAGCGCCUCGGCUUCCGCGUCAAGAUGGGCUACGGCCUGAGCGAGACGUGCAACACGUCGCUGCAGCGCGGCACCUCCGAGGCAGACAUGCACGCCGGCGCCGGCGACAGCGGCCGCCCGCACUACGGCGUCGAGCUGCUGAUCGCCGCCGACGGCCAGGACUUCAAGGGCGGCGCCACGAAGCCCGGCAAGCUGGGCGCUCCCGGCGAGAUCCUCAUCCGCUCGCCGGGAGUGAUGAGCGCGUACCUGCCGAUCGGUGGCCUGGGCGACGCGCGCCACGCGCCCGACAUGGCCAUCACGGCCGACGCGCUGACGCCCGACGGCUGGUUCCGCACGGGCGACGUCGGGUUUCUGGACGAGCGCGGCGCGAUCCACAUCACCGACCGGCUCAAGGAGUUGAUCAAGGUGCGCGCGUACCAGGUGGCGCCGGCCGAGCUCGAGGCGGUGCUUUGUAGCAGUGAGGCCGUGGCGGAUGCUGGUGUGAUUGGUAUCUACGACAACAGCCAGGCAACCGAGUGGCCGCGGGCAUACGUUGUCCCGCGGAACGCCGAGCUGAUCCAGAAGGGAGACAGGAAGGGGUUAGAAAAGCUUGCUCAGGAGCUCAAGGCGCUGGUGGAGAAGAGGACUGCGAAAUACAAGUGGCUCAUCGGUGGCAUUGUCUUCACGGACGCGAUCCCCAAGUCGCCCAGCGGCAAGAUCCUGAGGAGAGUGAUCAAGGACGGAGGAGUCAAGGGCGGGAUUGAGGUCGUGGUGUACGAGAAGAAGAAGAGGGAUUCCAAGCUGUAG